GUGUGAGAGAGCAAGGUUCUGGAAAGGAAGACAAGCAGUCACAUUGAGAAUGCAGUCUAGCAGGUUCCAGUCCAGUUGCUAAAAUGAGGGGCGGUGGAGAAUAUCCUGACUCUGGGAAAGGUUUCACCCAGUUGGGGCAUUUUAAAAAACGCCAGCCAAUUCCCACAGAAGAGAAACCGUAUCUCUGCUCUGACUGUGGGAAAAGUUUUAGUCAUUCAGGAGACCUGAAAACACACCAGAGAAUUCACACAGGAGAGAAACCGUAUCUCUGCUCUGACUGUGGGAAAAGUUUUAGUCAUUCAGGAGACCUGAAAACACACCAGAGAAUUCACACAGGAGAGAAACCGUAUCUCUGCUCUGACUGUGGGAAAAGUUUUAGUCAUUCAGGAGACCUGAAAACACACCAGAGAAUUCACACAGGAGAGAAACCGUAUCUCUGCUCUGACUGUGGGAAAAGUUUCAGUCAUUCAGGAGACCUGAAAACACACCAGAGAAUUCACACAGGAGAGAAACCGUAUCUCUGCUCUGACUGUGGGAAAAGUUUUAGUCAUUCAGGAGACCUGAAAACACACCAGAGAAUUCACACAGGAGAGAAACCGUAUCUCUGCUCUGACUGUGGGAAAAGUUUUAGUCAUUCAGGAGACCUGAAAACACACCAGAGAAUUCACACAGGAGAGAAACCGUAUCUCUGCUCUGACUGUGGGAAAAGUUUUAGUCAUUCAGGAGACCUGAAAACACACCAGAGAAUUCACACAGGAGAGAAACCGUAUCGCUGCUCUGACUGUGGGAAGAGUUUUAGUCAUUCAGGAGACCUGAAAACACACCAGAGAAUUCACACAGGAGAGAAACCGUAUCGCUGCUCUGACUGUGGGAAGAGUUUCAGACGUUUAGAAAACCUGAGAACACACCAGAGAAUUCACACAGGAGGGAAACCCUAUUACUGCUCUGACUGUGGGAAGAGUUUCAGACAUUCAGAAAACCUGAGAACACACCAGAGAAUUCACACAGGAGAGAAACCGUAUCGCUGCUCUGACUGUGGGAAGGGUUUCAAGCAGUCAGGAGACCUUGAAAGACACCAAAGAAUUCACACAGGCGAGAAACCGUAUCUCUGUUCUGACUGUGGGAAGGGUUUCAAGCAGUCAGGAGAGCUGAAAACACACCAGCGAAUUCACACAGGUGAGAAACCGUAUCGCUGCUCUGACUGUGGGAAGGGUUUCAAGCAGUCAGGAGACCUUGAAAGACACCAAAGAAUUCACACAGGCGAGAAACCGUAUCUCUGUUCUGACUGUGGGAAGGGUUUCAAGCAGUCAGGAGAGCUGAAAACACACCAGCGAAUUCACACAGGUGAGAAACCGUAUCGCUGCUCUGACUGUGGGAAGGGUUUCAAGCAGUCAGGAGACCUUGAAAGACACCAAAGAAUUCACACAGGAGAGAAACCGUAUCUCUGUUCUGACUGUGGGAAGAGUUUCAGUCGGUCACACAGCCUUGAAUCACACCAGCGAAUUCACACAGGAGAGAAACCGUAUCUCUGUUCUGACUGUGGGAAGAGUUUUAGUCGGUCACACAGCCUUGAAUCACACCAGCGAAUUCACACAGGAGAGAAACCGUAUCUCUGUUCUGACUGUGGGAAGAGUUUUAGUCGGUCACUCAGCCUUGAAUCACACCAGCGAAUUCACAGAGGAGAGAACCCUUAAAGAGCAUGUUCAUUGGAACUUUUCACUCACUUGGGGAGAAAAACUGUUAACCUUGCAUUGAGUCCCUGUGUAAUUUUAUUAUUUAUUUGAGUUUUUUGUAUAGUCUGCGCCGUAAUUGGGACACUGCUUAAAAGGGACAGCGCUGGGGGGAGCACUGCGUGUGAGAGAGAGUCUGUGUGUGUGUGUGAGAGAGAGAGAGUCUGUGUGUGUGUGUGAGUGUGAGAGAGAGAGUCUGUGUGUGUGUGUGUGAGAGUGUCUGUGUGUGUGUGUCUGUGUGUGUGAGUGUGAGAGAGAGUCUGUGUCUGUGUGUGUGUGUUAGAGAGAGUGUGUGUGUGUGUGAGAGUGUGUGUGUGUGUGUGUGUGUGAGAGAGAGUCUGUGUGUGUGUGUGUGUGAGAGAGAGAGAGUCUGUGUGUGUGUGUGUGUGUGUGUGUGUGUGUGUGAGAGAGAGAGUCUGUGUGUGUGAGAGAGUGUCUGUGUGUGCCCAUCAAGUGUUAUACCUCCUAAUUGCUGGACGUUAUUGGCAACUGCAAACAGCAUUUAUGGAUGUGAUGGGGUGUGUUUGUUUUUUUUGGAAGUCGUUGAAAUUCCUCUUUAGGAAUGAAAACACUGUCUUGGACGUAUGCUGUCGUUUUUAUUUGCAUUUCAGAUUUAUUUAUUUAUUUAUUUUUAUUUAUUUUAUUUUUUUUACAGUUUGGCUCAUUCCGAGUUCUAAACGACAUACACUGACAAUGGGGUAUUUUAUUUAAUUUUGUAAUAAUUUGUGCUGAUUGUAGCAGACAGGUUUUUCUUGUGAUGUAUUUAGCUAUGCUUUUUUGUUAUACAUAUUGCUAGACAAAGCAAUAGUGCGCCAUUGUUUUUAAUAGCCGACUCACAAAAAGAAAACUACAACAAACAAAAACAAUUGUAAUUGUCAAGCAUUUGAAAAGGAUGUGGAUGCCAGCUGUUGAUCCUCCAGUGUGUUGGCGAGAGUAGCUGGCAGCUCCUCUUCAGGUGAGUGCAAUCACAGGAUGUAUGAACACUUACAACCAUGGCAAGACAGGGGUAGAAUGGGGAAAAGCACUGUUAAACAAAACACGAGUUUGAGAAGAGAACAAAAUAUUAUUUCUUGUGUUUGCUUUGUUUAUUUUGUAAAUGUAUAUUUAUUAUUAUUUAUUAUUGUUGUUUUUGUUGUCCAGUUUUUUGUUCACCUCUGAAGAAUAUUCUUUUCGUUUUGAGGACCAAAACAUAGAGGGGAAACCCUACAGACGAUGACUGCAGAGUCCCGUCUUGACCGUGGUUGUGUGUAUUUGUAAUUUUGAAUUGUUGUACGUGUUGCUUCUGCUAUUAUUUUGUAAGUUUUUCCAAUAUUGAGACUUGAAAAUUGUUGAAACACCUGAUUUGUUAAAACUGUAAAAGGGCUGUACAAG